UUCUCUCAACUCGCUCCUUCUCAACAUCCCUACCUCCUCUUUUCUCACGCUCUCGAUACUUCCUCUCUUUGUCUUUCUCUCGUUCCCCAUGCUCCUUAUCAACGUAAUCCUUUUCACGAUCUCGGUGUUUGUCUCUCCCCAUCUCAACCUCCCUUUGUCCUUUCACCGUCGUUUGAAUGCGUUGCUGCCGAAUACUUGUGAAUGCUCAAUGGACAUGGCAAAGAAAAAUUGGACUCAUUUCCAGUCCGCUCAUUCGUAAAACAGGGAUGGAGUUCGACCAAACCCUAAAAAUUGAGGACAGUGCGGAGCCUCGCAAAAAAUAAAUAAAAGUCCCUCGGAGUCGUAAAGUGCAGAAGAGGCGUCCAUGCACUCAAAGACUCCGUUACGUCCACCCUUCACCGCGGUCUGAAACCGUCGAUCGUCCACGCUAUAAAUAGGCCCAUGGAAGACUGACUGGUGGGGUUUCAGCUCAUCACCAUUUCGAGGACAUGGAUGAAAACCUUUUUCAGAGACUGGGGUCUUUCUAGGGUUUGGGGGGACGCAGGGUGUGCUUGCGGAAGCAUGUUCUGCGAGAGUGGUGAUUAGUUCAUACCAUUGCAAUUGCGGAGGACGGAUAGCGAGCGAUCCAGUGAGCUAACGAGGGAGGGAGGGAGAGGGAUGGGAGACACGACCUUGGAGAUAGAUUUGGGCACGCAGCCGUUCGAUUUGGCCUUCCACCCCUCGGCGAACUUGGUGGCAGUGGCCUUAAUCACUGGACAUGUGCAAUUGUAUAAGUAUGGUGGAGACGGCGGAGAGGUGGCCAGGUUGUGGAACUCGGCUGCGCACUCGGAAUCAUGUCGAGCAGUGAGGUUUGCGCAAGGCGGUCAGUUUGUGUUGACGGCUUCUCCGGACAAGUCCAUCCUCGCCACGGAUGUGGAGACCGGGCAACCAGUGGCUCGGUUGGCCGAUGCGCAUGGCGUGCCUAUCAAUCGGCUAGUAAAUUGCGGUGACACUACGGUAGCAUCUGGAGACGAUGAAGGCUGCAUUAAGGUGUGGGAUACGCGACACAAUAAGUGUUGCAACACUUUCGAAGCGCAUGAAGAUUUUGUGGCGGACAUGGAAUUUUUGCCGGGUAGCAAUCAGCUUCUCGGAGUUGGUGGUGAUGGCAUACUUUCUAUUUGUAAUUUGCGGCGGAACAGAAUUGAUGCGAAAACGCAGUUUGCGGAGGACGAGCUGCUGUCGGUUGUUUUGUGCAAGCAUGGACAAAAAGUUAUUUGUGGGUCGCAGGAUGGGGUUCUGUUGUUGUACUCUUGGGGGGCUAUGGCGGAUUGCAGUGAUCGAUUCGUAGGGCACCCUAAUUCUGUCGAUGCUUUGUUGAAGGUCGACGAGGACACGCUUCUUACGGGAUCAAGUGAUGGUAUUAUUCGCAUUGUGAGCAUCCUGCCGAACAAGAUGAUUGGAGUGAUUGGAGAGCAUGCUGAUUUCCCCGUGGAGCGUCUUGCGUUUUCGCACGAUCGGAAUAUUUUAGGAAGUGCUUCUCAUGACAAUACCUUGAAGCUCUGGGAUGUUAAGUAUUUGCAUGAAGACGAUGAUGUGGAUGAGGAUGCAUCUGAAGUGAAUGCUGCUCCAGUAGGAGCUUCUACAAUAACCACUGCUCAGCCAGUACUCGCUGGGUCAGAUGAUAGUGAUGAUCAGAUGGAAGUUGAGGAAUCAAAGCAGCGGAAAAAGAAAGGAAAGAAGGGCAAGCAACGGGAUGGUGGGGGUUCAUCUAGGAGCAGCUUUUUUGAUGACCUAUAAUACAUGUUACAUUUUAAUUAUAUUUUUAAAUAGUCAUUGACACUAACGAUUGCGAUUAGAAUUGCAACUGUGCCCAGGCGUGUUGUAUCACUUCGCAUGUGGUCUAACAAUGCUUCUGGUUAGAUACGUGCCGAAAGAUGUGAGUAAUUUUGAGGAGGGUUUUCCGUCUUUGUGCUACAACCAUUUUAUAUAAAGAAGUGUGAACCUCUUGCAGUUUUUUCUGUUAA